CAGAGGGAGGAAGAAGCGGCGGCGGCGGCUCCUCUGUGCAGAGGGGGAAAACUCCGAGGGCUCGGAGCAGGAAUAAUGCGGUAGGCAAGGCGGGCUGCUGGCUCCCGGCUCCGGCAGCGCGGCGGCAGCCCGAGCAGCGGCAGCAGCAGCGGCAGCGCCCCAGGCGCUGACAGCCCCGCCGGCCGGCUCCCUCGCUGACCGCCGACUGUCAAUGGAGCUGGAAAACAUCGUGGCCAACACGGUCUUACUGAAAGCCCGGGAAGGGGGCGGAGGAAAGCGCAAAGGGAAAAGCAAGAAGUGGAAGGAAAUCCUGAAGUUCCCUCACAUCAGCCAGUGUGAAGAUCUCCGAAGGACCAUAGACAGAGAUUACUGCAGUUUGUGCGACAAGCAGCCGAUCGGGAGGCUGCUCUUCCGGCAGUUCUGCGAAACCAGGCCUGGGCUCGAGUGCUACAUUCAGUUCCUGGACUCGGUGGCAGAAUAUGAAGUUGCACCAGAUGAAAAACUGAGAGAGAAAGGGAAGGAAAUUAUGACCAAGUACCUCACCCCAAAGUCCCCGGUGUUCAUCGCCCAGGUUAGCCAAGACCUGGUCUCCCAGACAGAGGCGAAGCUCCUGCAGAAGCCCUGCAAAGAACUCUUUUCUGCCUGUGCUCAGUCUGUGCACGACUACCUGAGCGGAGAACCAUUCCACGAAUACUUGGACAGCAUGUAUUUUGAUCGCUUUCUCCAGUGGAAGUGGUUGGAGAGGCAACCGGUGACCAAGAACACGUUCAGGCAGUAUCGAGUGCUUGGAAAAGGGGGCUUUGGGGAGGUCUGUGCCUGCCAGGUCCGGGCCACAGGCAAAAUGUAUGCCUGCAAGCGCUUGGAGAAGAAGAGGAUCAAAAAGAGGAAAGGGGAGUCCAUGGCACUCAACGAGAAGCAGAUUCUCGAGAAGGUCAACAGCCAGUUCGUGGUCAACCUGGCGUAUGCCUACGAGACCAAGGACGCCCUGUGCCUGGUCCUAACCAUCAUGAAUGGGGGCGACCUGAAGUUCCACAUCUACAACAUGGGGAACCCUGGCUUCGAGGAGGAGCGAGCCUUGUUUUACGCGGCUGAGAUCCUCUGCGGCUUGGAGGACCUGCACCGUGAGAACACUGUCUACAGAGACCUGAAACCUGAAAACAUCCUGUUAGACGACUACGGCCACAUCAGGAUCUCAGACCUGGGGCUGGCUGUGAAGAUCCCGGAGGGAGACCUGAUCCGCGGCCGGGUGGGCACUGUCGGCUACAUGGCUCCAGAGGUCCUGAACAACCAGCGAUAUGGCCUGAGCCCCGACUACUGGGGCCUGGGAUGCCUCAUCUAUGAGAUGAUCGAGGGCCAGUCGCCGUUCCGGGGUCGCAAAGAGAAGGUGAAGCGGGAGGAGGUGGACCGCCGGGUCCUGGAGACGGAGGAGGUGUACUCACACAAGUUCUCCGAGGAGGCCAAGUCCAUCUGCAAGAUGCUGCUCACCAAAGAUGCCAAGCAGAGGCUGGGCUGCCAGGAGGAGGGAGCAGCCGAGGUCAAGAGGCACCCGUUCUUCAGGAACAUGAACUUCAAGCGCUUGGAGGCCGGGAUGCUGGACCCUCCCUUCGUUCCCGAUCCCCGGGCCGUGUACUGUAAGGACGUGCUGGACAUCGAGCAGUUCUCCACCGUCAAAGGCGUCAACCUGGACCACACGGACGAUGACUUCUACUCCAAGUUCUCCACGGGCUCCGUGUCCAUCCCGUGGCAGAACGAGAUGAUAGAGACAGAAUGCUUUAAGGAGCUGAAUGUGUUUGGACCCGACGGUACCCUCUCACCCGACCUAAACAGAAGUCAGCCUUCGGAACCACCAAAGAAAGGACUGCUCCAGAGACUCUUCCGGCGUCAGCAUCAGAACAAUUCCAAGAGUCUGCCCAAUUCCAAGACCAGUUAUAACCACCACAUCAAUUCAAACCACGUCAGUUCAAACUCCACUGGAAGCAGCUAGUUUUGGCCUUGGCCAAAGUGAAGUCCACAGUGGAACCAGCCCAGACCCUUCUACUUGGAAGCAGAACUUGUGGCCAGUGGGGCUUCCACUCUGGCUGGGCAGCCAGGGGAGCCCCCGGGAGCCAGGGAAGGGGACCGUCCACCUCCUCAAUGAGGCUCGAGGUUUCUCAAAGAAAUUUCCACUCAGGUCUGUUUUUUCAAGACGGCCCCAAGCUGGGGUGGAUUGGAUUUAUCCUCACUGAACAUUGCAAUAGAAACCCAAUGGGACACGACAACUUGCACGUAUUUUAAUAGCGUCCUAACUAGAACUGAAUUUUUGUCUUUAUUAUUUUUAAAGAAAAGUUUUGUAAAUUUCUCUAUUGUCUCAGUUUACAUUUUGUAUAUUUGUAUUUAAAUGAAAGUCCAGACUUUGAGGUGUAGAUUUUCUGUGCAGCCACUGUUAAGCCAUGUGUUUUAAGACAUUUGAGAAGGGGGGUGGGAUUUAAAAAAAAAAAAAAAUGUGACUCCAGACUUCCAGAGCCUCAGAUGAGAAAA